CGCUUGCGUCAGUACGAUUCGCACGCCCCUAGCUAAACUAUUUUCGUUUAAUACUACUUGUACGUUGCCGGUGCAGUGCUUAAAAAAAAAUUAAUUAAAGUGAACGCGUAACAUAUAUGUAUGUGUAUGUAAAUAUUUGAACGAAUCAGGCUAAGGUUUGAUUACCAAAAAAUUUCGGCUUUCCCCGCUGCGAUUGAUUAUUUUCGAUCAACGUUUAAUUUUGUUUUUAUUGUGUACCGCAAAUUAUUUUGGAUGUCUUUUGAAGAUCGCCGAUUCUCCGAUGUAAGGAGAGGCAGCAUCAGCGCCUUCAUAAACAAAAAGAGGUUUCUAGUCAAAACGGAACGGAGUGGAAAUUUGUACGUUCAUGUCCAGGGCGAUCUCACUCAGCAAGACAAGAGGGCUAUAUUUCUCACUGUCCAUGACCUAGGAUGCAACCAUGUAUCCUUCGAGAACUUCGUAAACCAACCAUGCAUGAGCGAGAUAAAGGACCGCUCGAUAUUCAUUCAUAUCGAUGUACCCGGUCACGAAGACAAUGGAGAUACUCUUCCAGACUCUUUUCAAUUUCCAUCUCUGCAAGUACUCGGUGAAGAUCUGGUAGCCGUUUUGGACACUUUGCACAUUCGGUAUGUCAUCGGUCUGGGCGAAGGAGCUGGAGCCAACGUUGUGGCGAGAUUCGGGCUGGCACAUCCGUCACGCGUUUUGGGACUCAUUCUCAUCAACUGCACGGGAUCAGCGGUUUCCGUCAAAGAAAACUUCAAGUCAAAAUUCGUUAACUGGAAGGGAAAAGCGCAAGUCAGCCAAUCUGCGAUGGACUACUUGGUGUUUCAUAAAUUUGGACACCAACUCAUGAACGAGACAAAUCCGGACAAAGAGCUGGUUAUAAACGAGUUUGUGAAACGUUUGCAAGGCACUAUUAAUUCGAAGAAUCUCAAACAAUACGUAAACUCAUUUCUAAACCGCAAGGAUCUGAUGCUUAAAGACUACAAACAAGACGUUUUGCUGGUAACGGGAGUGCUGGGAUCUUACGCUAACGUUGUUGAAAAGUUACAUCGCGACUUGAACAAGAAUAAAGCUACCUUAUUGAAGAUUGAGAGAGCGGGAGACGUUCUGGCAGAAGCUCCAGCCAAAAUGGCCCAAAGCAUUUUAUUGUUCUGCAAAGGACAAGGCUUGCUUACAUCAGUCACGUUGCCUGGCAUCGAGAGACAGCGCACGUUCUCAGGGAGCUCAUCAGAUGGUGAACGUCCUAGGCGCAGCUUGUCCCGUGGUAUGAGUAUGGAGGACUAUGAUCGGCCAAAUGUCCGACGACUUUCCAUAUCCGUCAACGAGAAUCUACCAUCACCCAAAUAAAUAAGGACUACGUACAGACAAAAAAUAUUAUACAGACACACACACACACACACCACAUACACACAAAGAUAGAUCUAUUAUUAUUACCCGACCGAAAUAAUCAAACAUAAUAGGCAUACGGUUUGAUUACCACACACAUUUUAAAACAAUAAUAACAACAAUGGGUUACAUAUGCGCUUUUAAGUGCAAUAUUUCAGUAAUUUUUCAACAUUUUAAUAAUAUUAUUAAUUUAAAAAACUAGUCAUUGUAAUUAGCUUCUAUAUUACAACUUCAUAUAUUUAUACAUAAUUACUACUCUUACUACUACUCCUAGAUACUAGUCCAUUAAUCUUUGCAUGUUGUAUAAUUAAUAAUCAUCAUCUAGCCAAAUAUGUUCAAUACCUAUAUCCAAAAAUACAUUAUACCUGAUUUCCGCCCACAUAUCAGUAUUAAACAAACUAAAAAAUCAUUACUUUUAUGUUAUCCACAAAAAAAAAUGCAAGACUAUUUUUUAUUUUUUUUAUAUUUAUGACGACCGUGUUCCUAAAUUUUGACAAUAUGAACAUGAGUUAAAACGUUUUAAAACAAUUGAAAACUGUGCGGAUUCGUAAAAUUUUGCUUAAAAAGUUAAAUAAUAAGUUUGGGACAUGUAUAUGUUUUCAUUUUAUGCUUAAAACGACCGUAAGACUAACUAGUUGGGUGAAAACACAAAAUCACGACUCCGCCAAUUUUCGAAGAUAAUCGAAUUGUUUAUCUGACAAAAAUUAGAUCACUUUUAAAAAACUCAUUUCUAAUUAUACCGUUUUUAAAUAAUCUAGAUAUACGUAUAGAAUAUUUAAAAACGCUAUAAUCAGAAUUUGUUUACAAAAUGAACAUAUGACAUUUUUCUAAAGAAAAAAUUCAAUAUUAGAGUGGAUUUUUUUAAAAUUAAAGUUGUUUUAUGCAUUAAGAAUGUUCUUGCUACUUUUUUUUUGUUAUAAAGUUAUAUGUUUAGACACUAUAUUGUCAAUGAUGUUAAAUUUAGGUCACAUUUUUAGUAAACUCUGACUAUGUAUUGACUCCACUAGAUAAAGAGUGUCGUAGCGUGAAUAAUCAUUUAUUGUUCGAGAGAGACUGAGUAUCAGUAUAUUAGAUGAUCGAAUAUUUAGAACACAUUUUAAUUAUGUAGAAGCUUAAAAAAAUAAAAUGCUCAGUGGCUAUAACACGCACUAUAUUUAAAAAAGGUGCAACAAUAAUAUACAUUAAAACAAAUUAUAUACAUACAUAAAGAUUUUAAGACAAAUAUUUUUAAAUAUUUAUACAUGAAAUACAUUAUUAAUAAGAUCAUUCAUAUAAAUAUUUAUAUUAUAGUUAUAUUUUCAUUUAAUUAAAUUAUACAUUUUUGUAGUCUUUAAGCUUUUUACACCGUUUAGGUAGUUGUUAUUGAUGUUGCUAAGCUUUAUAAUAACAUU